AAAGAAUCCAGACACACGAAACCACUGGUUUGUCGAUGUGGUUAUACAGAGAAAAUGCUCGAAUCACCUUCACGUUGAUAUCUGCUGAGGUAACAGUAUUUUAUUGUACUUAAACCGUGUUUGAACUGAGAUAAAUUGACAACUACAGUGAGCAAUGAAUAAUCCACUAAAUUGAUAUCAGCUGCGUGAAUGGAAACUGUAGUUCAUACCUUCACACUAAAAUUCGAUUCCAUUUGACUGGAAAUAUGUAUUUCAAUUUAUUUUUUCAUAGAAUUUAUUUCCGUGUGUGUAUCUUGUUACAUGGUAUUCCUUUCAAAUAUUUGAAAUAACAGUCAUUCCGAAUGUCAAAUUUGUGCGUUUAUUUGAAAACAGUGGACAUAGAAGAAACAUCAAGUGUUGGUAAGAAUAUUGACAACUCAUCAUUCGGUGAGGAAAUGGAUGAGGAAAAUCCCGAGACAAGCUUUAUUGAAGUGUACUUCGUCUGUUGUUGUAUAAUGGUGGCAGUGACAGUAGCAAUCACGGUAUUAGUGG